AUGGUGCACGCACAGUGUGCGGCGCCAGCCCUACCCACGCGUAACGUGACGUGCGCGGACCGGCCUACAUGGGCACGAGAAGACACGUGCGCAGCAUCAUUGCUGAAUUAUGCUCGAUAUGUGCAGGAGCACUACAUCAGAGAUGCAAUUGGUUCUCCACUGCUUCCUUCUUCAUUGAUGCCACAGCAUGCAGUCAUCAUUUGUGAAGAGUGUUUUCAUGCUGUAUCAAAGUUGACUUUUAAAAUCUAUUUGGUAAGGCCAUCUUUGAUGUUUGAAUCAGAGACUAUUGCUGCAUUAUAUUCAGGAAAUGAAAAAUUUGCACAAGGUUUGCAGACCUACUUGCUAUCAAGGGAUUAUUCUAAUUUGAAAUCUGAGUUUCAACUUGGAAAUGGAAAGAUAAAGGUAGAUUGCAUUGAAAACCAGCCUGAGGUGGAUGUGUCUCUUGGACAACAUUUAUUCUUAACAGCUGGUGAUUUAUUUUUGAGGAAAAAGACCGGAUGAUUCAUUGGGUUUAUGUUUCUCUCUUAUUUGUAACCGCCUUCAUAAUUAAUUUAUCAGAGUACCACACAAAAUGUCAAUUCAAUUUUUGAUACAUUGGGAUACGUUUGAUAACAAA